AUUCAGCGACUCAGUUUCUAUUUUAGGAUUCACGCAAAAACCCUUAUCCAUUAUAAUCAUCUUUCCUUCCUGCAUUUAUAUAAAUAUAUCUAGAUAUAUUCUAACUCUUCCAAUCGAUACAUUCACGAUCUAUAUUAAUUGAGUCUAGAUCAAUUGCAUAAAACAAAAAUGGCUAUAUUCAAAGGAAUUCAAAUAGCUGCUGAUUUUGGUUACAAUCUAGGCUUUAAGAAAAAAUUAGAGAUGCGUAAGAAGAUUGUUGAAAAUGGAGGCAUCAUCAGUUUUAUUGUUACAAAGAAGUGCCAUUUUGUUGUAACAAGUGAUCCUGAAAAAUGCCAGCUGUCAACAAAAUGUAGAAUGGCCUCCAAAUAUGGUCUACCAGUUCUCAAUCUGGAUUACAUCUGGGACUGUUUACAAGCUGAGAAACUUUUGCCUACAGAGUCUUAUAUUGUUGGAGGAAAGAGCAAAUUUUUAGAUUUCAAGUCUGGAAAAAUUUCAGCUUUAAAUCCACCUGAGAAGUCUAAAUCAUUUGCCUCCAAAGCCCCAUUUAAUCCAAAAUCAGUGAAGAUUUGGCAUCACGGAGAUGAAUCCCAGCCUUAUUUUGAAGAAGAAAGCUAUGAAGUUGCAAAGUUCUGUAUUUUUCUUGGUUACAACAAGCUGUCAAAAAGUGAAGUGGCUCACAUUGUUGAGCUUCAUUCAUCCAUUCUUUUAUCAAAAAAAACCUCAGUUGAAAAUAUGGAGGAAGAAAAUGAUAAAGGCCCAUCUUUAUAUAGAAUUGUCUAUCAGCAAGGAAACAUGAAAGAUUUGGAAAAAGGUAACAUUUGUAAUACAGAAUUUCGGUAUGUACCAACAGCAGAACAAGCUCUAGCUUGUUUCUCAAUGCUCUAUGAAGAACUAAAGAAGAAACCAGAUUUGACAAAACAAGUUGGCCCUAUUCGUGGAGUAGGUUCUCUGAAACUUCAGCGUUUGAUGGCACAAUCUUCACAAUUGAAUGUUGGCUGCAGUGCUGAUGUUAAGGAACUGGUUGAACACAUCUGGCAGGAAGCAAUGUCUGAGAUUACAACACUUUUGGGUGAAUUAAGUAGCAUUCGUCUAGAGCAGGUUGAAAAAGCAGAAGCCAUUCUUGUUAAAAUCCGAGAGGCUAUGAAGGUUUCAGCUUCAGACUCUAAAAUUCAGUCCCUCAUUUCAGAAUUUUAUUCCAUAUUGAAACACAGAAAUGAAAAUACAGACAUCAAAGAGUCUGAAAGGAAAAAAUGGUGUGUUCAGAAACAGGACAUGUGCCAGUUGGUGAAAGACAUGAUCUCGGCAAGUGAGAUGACCAACUUUCAGGAAAGAAGUUUCACAGACGCCAAGUAUGCUGCUCUUAGAUGUCAGAUCAGACAGUUGGCUAACAGUGAGAGACAAGACGUUGAAGAUUUAAUCAGAUCUUCCAUGGAUAGUCCAAACCAAGAUUUGCUGAUAUCCAAUGUUUUUGAAGUCUGGAGACAAGUGGAAGAUAUUGAUUUCAGAUUUGACAUUGAACCAAAACGUUUGCUAUUUCAUUCAUCUAAAAUUGAGAACUUUGUUGGUAUCUUAUCUAGAGGCUUACUGUUACCUAAAGCUGUUGUGGACGACAUGGGAGGAAGUCGAACUGAUGAGGGAUCUCUGGGAUGUGGCAUUUAUUUUGCUAGUGAUUUCAAUACCAGUGUUCAAUACUCUACACCAAGCAAAACCAAAGGAUCACGUUUAUUACUUAUCAAUGAGGUAGCCCUCGGACAAAUCAAAGAUUACACUACACAUGAAACAAGUCUUGUGGCGCCACCACCAGGAUACAAUAGCACUCAUGGAGUGAGCAAAAAAUGUGACAAAUCAUCUUUGUUUGAACAUGAUGAGUAUGUGGUGUACACAGUGAAUCAGCAAAGAGUCCGUUACCUAGUUGAAUUUAUGGUAGCUGGAGAUCAAGUGAAAUCUAUGCCCAAAACAACUGAAAUAGACUCCAACCUUUUGUGCGAUGAUCUGGAGAACACAACCCUCAAUGAUGUGAUUGGCGUAUCAGAUCCAUUGUUAAAAGUAGUUCCAGGUCUUGUUGGGAAUAAAAAUGCCCAAGUUGAACUGAGAGGAGUACACAUUAGAGCUAAACUCAUAGAUCUUGCAGCUCAGGUGGUUGUGCUUCAGGAGUACUACAACAACACUGGGGAGUCUAUUGAGGCCAAGUAUGUGUUUCCUCUUGAUGACGCUGCUGCUGUUUGCGGCUUUGAGGCUUUCAUCAAUGGCAAGCACAUAGUGGGUGAGGUGAAAGAAAAAGAAGUGGCCCACAAGGAGUACAAGGAAGCCAUUAGUCAAGGUCAUGGAGCAUACUUAAUGGACCAGGAUGAAGAAACACCUGAUGUGUUUACAGUCAGUGUGGGCAAUCUUCCUCCCAGUGCCUGUGUGUUGAUCAAAAUAACUUAUGUUGCUGAGCUGCAAGUGGAGGAUGAGCUGAUCAGUUUUAUACUGCCAGCAACUGUAGCUCCAUGGAAAGAAGACUCAGCUCUGAAGUACUCUACUCAGGAAGAACUGAAAAGUCACAAAAUGGCUGCUGCUAAUACAACAGUCCAAGUUGCCUUAGAAAUGCCAUUUGAAAUCAGAAGUUUGCACUGCCCUACACACAAAGUUAAGAUUAAGCAAACAUCCACCAAGGCCUAUGUUGAAAUGUCCCGUAGGCAGAACUUUGGGUCAGGAUUUCAGUUGCUGAUUGGUCUGGCUGAAAUCCAUGUGCCCAGAAUGUGGGUGGAACGACUUCCUGAAUCACAGGACCAGGCUUGUAUGCUGACAUUUUUCCCAGAGUUUGAAGCACAGGAAAGUACAGAAGGAGAAAUCAUUAUUCUGUUAGAUGUUUCAAACUCCAUGAAGGACAAAGCUUUAAAUGAAGCUAAGAAAGUGGCACUUCUCAUUUUGAAAUCUUUGCAGCCAAACUGGCAUUUUAAUAUUGUUAAAUUUGGUUCAGAUUAUGAAGAGCUGUUCCCUGCUCCAAAGCUGAAAACUCAAGAAAAUCUGGAAUUAGCAGAUCAUUUCAUCCAGAUCUCUAUGGCCACCUGUGGCAAUACUGACGUGAUCCGUCCACUGUGGCCACUUUAUCUGCUCCCAAACCAAAAAACACAAAGAAAUGUUUGUCUCAUUUCUGAUGGCCAUUUGAACAAUAAUGACCUGGUGAUGAAACAUGCUCGUGCCAACUCUUUACAUACCAGAAUCUUUACUUUUGGUGUAAGUGCUACCUGCAACAACUAUGCUCUAAAGGCAUUAGCUCGUGUUUCUGGAGGUGCCUUUGAGUUCUUCAACAUUAAAACUAAGUCCAAGUGGGAGUCUAAGGUGAAAACUCAGCUCAACAAGGCCAGCCAACCAGGGCUGACUUCUGUCUCAGUAGAAUGGCGCCAGUAUAAUGACAAUCUGCCACCACCCAUACAGGCUCCUCAUCAAAUCACUGCCUUGUUCAAUGGGUCACGACAAGUUAUUUAUGGCUUUGUGCCCAAUUGUACUAUGGCAACCCUGUCGGCCAAUGUUGGAGGGCAACAAGCUUCCACAGUUGUUUCCACUUCUGAACUCUCCAUUACUGAAGGAAAUCUUGUCCACCGUUUGACUGCAAGAGCUGUAAUCAGAGACUGGGAAGAUGGAAUGUUAUCAUCGGACAGAACAGGGCAUGAGAUCGCAAAGAUGGAUCAGAAGAAUGGCAUCAUAGAGUUGAGCAAACAAUUCUCUAUUGUCACACAGUUCACCAGCUUUAUUGCAGUUGAGAAAAGGGAAGAGAAUGAGAAAGAUGUUUUGCCAACUGGCCCAUCUAUUAAAGAUUUACUGAAUAAAGAGAAUGUGGACAUUUUGCCUUAUAUGGGCUGGACAAAAGGAUUGACUGGAGAUGAUCUUUCUCUGGAACUGAUGCUACAGCAGCUUGGGGAAGACAUUAACAAUGGGUCUCUGUCCAAUAAGACAAUCAGUCAACUGGAAGCAAUGGAAGAGAAGCUGGAAAUGAUGAAAGAAAAAACAGGAGCCUGCAACAAGGAUGUCAUUCAGAAUGCUAAACUUCUAGUGAAAGCCUAUACCUUACAGUCAGAAACUAGUAAAGCUGUAGACUUGGCUGUUGAGAUCUUCAAUGCUGGUGUAGAUGAACUCACUAAUGUGGUUGAGAAUGCUGAUGUUUAUCCUAAAGUCAUUACUUACUUGCAUGAGCUGAGGACUGAAGCUUUGAAGAUUCCAGAGGUAGAGCACAGGUUGAAGCCUAUCAGUUCACUUCCUGUUCAUGAUGGGAGGUUUUUAAUUGUCAAAAAUUUAACUGGCAAAUCUGUAAGCUGCCCUGCUUCAGACUCUAUGACUGUCCUUGACCUGAAACAUAUCCUCCUUGAAAAAGAAGGGGUGCCUCUAGAACAACAGAGAUUAAUCUACAAAGGUUGUAAUUUAGAGGACAAUGCUGUCAUUGGGGAGAGUGGUUUGAACUUUGGUGACUGUAUUCAUCUUGUGCUUAAGCUUAGAGGUGGAUUAGCAGAGGAUCAGGAAACAGAAAAACAGAAAGCUAAGGUAGACAUGAAGGUUUCAUAUCGCACAACAAGAUCUUGUAGAUCAGUUGAAAUUUACGAUGAAGUGGAAGUGGAUACCGAUGAGUUUGGAGAGGAUUGUUUUUUAAAAGGAAGUUUUAGUACAAGUUCGAUGUCUGACAGCUCACCAAAUAAAGAAGACAUGCUGGGUGGUUCAUUUGGCCUGAGAGGUUGGGGUAGUUCAUUUAAAAUUAUUGACGAAGCGGAUGUUUAUGCAGAUGGGUCUGUAGAUGAUGCUACUUCAUCCAAAAGUGCUAGUAUGAUUUGGAUGUCUGACAGCUCACCAAAACUUUCUUUAGAAAAGGAAGUCAUACCAUGUUCUUUAAGCUUAUCAAGUUUAAGUAAAUCAUCUGAAAUUAUUGAUGAAAUGGAAGUGGAUGCAGAUGAAUCUGAAGAGAAGUCUAUUUCACCCAAAUUCUCUGCUAUGAAAAAAAGAAUGUCAAGGAGACCAAGAUAUUCCCGUAGAGGGGGCUCAGGUGAUAUGGACAUGGGUUCACAACUUUUGAUCUCAGAAGAAGCAAUAGAAAGAGCUGAUCAAGAAAGAGAGUCACAGAAGAGCUCAUUUACAAGAUCCUUAUUAGGAAAGGCAUCUUCAAAAACAGCUGAAACACUUGGUUCACCACAGCUUUUAAGUAGGAAAUCACUAAUAAAGGAAAGUUUUAAAGGGCAUCCUGGGGAUUAUGAUUUAUCAAUGCCAUCAAUGAUAACCGAUCCUACAUCAAAUAGUUCGAUUUCUUUAGAUUUAGAGAAAAGUCUAGAACAUUGUUACAGUUCUAAACAAAAACCUGCAUCCAAAUUAUUGAAGUCUACAUUUCCGUUACCUAAGGCAAUACAGAAGUCAAAAACUAUGGAUGCGGUUGAUGUAUAUGAAGCUCCACCACUCUCUAAAGUCUUUGGUUCUGUGAAGAUGAGCAACACUAUUCAGGGAUCUCCAUUGGGCACAGGAUCUUUGUUUUCUGAUACACUUGGUUCUAAAUUCUGGGGAGCAGCACCACCUCCCACAAUGCUUGUUAGCACAGGAUCUUCCUCUGGUGUCUUUGGGUUUGGAGCAGGAGAUGAAGUGCCACCAGCAUCAUGUGUAGCUCAUUCUGUCUCAAGGUCACCCUUUAACUUAACUCCUUCUCAAGGUGCAGCCCCACUGCCUAGUGCAUCUUUUGGCACAGGAUAUUCUUCUAACUUAUUUGGUUCAGUACCAUCACUACCUUCACAUGCUGUAGGAUCUUCAACUAAAUGUGCUGUACCACCACCACCACCUCCAUGUGAUGUACCAAUACCACUAUCUUCCUCCCUUCAAGUCCAACCUGUUGCACUUAUUAUUGACCACAAAAGAGAAGAGGAUGCACUACCCCAUAUUCCUCCGCCUCUGUUUAGCAUGAGGAGAAAACCAUUAUCAACUACUAAAUCCUUGUUACAUUCACCACCACAGUCUGAAUCUCCUGGUGAGCAUACACAACUUUCAAACCAAUCUUUGCAGAGAAGCAACAUUACCUUUCUUUUUGCUGAAAAAUGUAAAGCACCACCAGUGUUAAAACCCUCAAGCUCUAAACAUUCUAAAUCUGCUUCUGUAGAUAGGAUUUUAUCAUCUGCAGACAUUAGGAUUGGUUGUGUAGAGCUUUCAGAACCAGUACAAUUAGAUGUCUCAAGAUCAGAUGUCUCAAGCGUUAGCGCUAGAGCAGAGUCCCAGCAGUACCAAGGGUUAGAAAUGCCAAUAAUGCCCAGUUGUGAAGGCAUUUCAUCUCCAAGAGCAUUCAGCUUACCAGCAAGGCAUGUAUUUAAAAGUCAUUAUCAGCUACAACCAGAGUCAAUUCAACCUUUACCUUUCAAUGACACUAAGAGUGUUGUAUUGAAGAACUCAGCAGUUUAUUCCAAGAGAGCUGAAACCCUUAUGGCCAGAGAAGUACAAGACAGUUAUUGCCAUGAUAUAGAAAUGGGAGAUAAUCUUCUAUUUGAUUUUAAUGAACAGCUUGACAUGUAUGAAGACAAAACCCUUCCAAUGUCAAGUGAGGAUUAUAAAGCAAUAGAAGGGAGUCAGCCAAUCAGAAGUAAGCAUCUCUUCGACCUUGGCAUUGGGACUGAUGUUACGAAUGUAAGAUGUACAUACAGAAAACUUGACCGUGAGACUUUGAUCAGACUGAUGAGCUGUCAAGCAGUGGAUGGUAGCUGGCAGUUUGGCAUGACACUUGACCAACUCCUAGGAAUCAAUAGUGGACAAUGUCAACAUAUUCUCAUUCAAAGUGGACUCAAGUCACUUGGAAGCACUGCUGAACAGAACAUCCAAAAAUACUUGGCCACUCUUUUGGUGCUUAUUUCUCUCUAUGAGCUGGUGGAGCCUGUUUUGGACCUGGAAGUUUUGCUGAAGCUGCGGCUGUCAAAUAUAGUCAGCUUCCUAGAGAACAAUGAAGAGACCUUCAGAAGUCUAGGGUUGACCUCAGAGGAAAUGUCAAGGACAACUUCAGCAAUCAACAAGGCCUUUAGGUUCUGCCAAUCUAUGGACACCAUGUAUCCCAUAGCCUGCAGCACAUUGGAACUGGGGCCCAGCUGGUACCAUGUGGUGUUCACUAUGAUGAAGUAUUGAGUCUCAGACUCAAAGUUGGUGAGAGAAACUGCUUUAUUUUUUACAUGAACUUGUUAACACUGCAUUUGUUUCUAAUUCAAUAAUUAUGUCCCUUGUCUGUUUGAAUCUAGCUUAUAAUUUUGUUCCCCUCUAAUCCUUAUCAAGGAGGGUAGUAACCUUUGUAAUUAGUUUCAUGUAAAUUAUAUGUACUUAUGUUUUUAUUUCUUUUUCCUAUUCUAUUUUUGUUUUUAAAGUAAAUAAUGUCAAUGUGUGUCCCAGCUGUUCUUAUAAAACAAUAGAAUUUUUUUCUUAAACAUUUUAUUAAAAUUAUUUUAAAGUUUGUUGAGUUAGCAUAUUUUAUUUCAUUGUCAAAUAAUAAACAUUUAUUAAUCAUUCAAAAUACAUUUUGUUUCUUUAUCCGAAUAUAUUUGAUUCUCUCCAUUUUUUAUAAUACAAACUAAAAAAAAAAUUAAUUUUUUAUCCUCCUGUAUCUAUUACAUGACUUUUUAGCUUGUUUGUCAAUAUAGAAUUAGUGCUAAGUAGUUGGAACAUUUGUGGCUACAGACAAUCCUAUUUCAUGAUAUUUUAGUUGGAAAGUUUAGGUGUUAACUACUUUUUUUCUUUGAAAGCUUACCAAUUUGUGUUUCAAGCCAUUUUGUUUCUUGACAAUACAUCACUUUUCAAAGAAUACAUCAAGAUAAGAGAAAUGAGGAUUAAGAAUGGGAAAUAAUUAUGCUCUAUUUUAGGAAAAAUUCCAAAUUAAUUUUGUUAUUAGUCAAAAAAAUGUUAUAGAAAUGUAAAACUUUAUUAUGUGUUUCUGGUGUAUAAGCUACUAAUAGCUAACAAAACAUUUAUUUUUUUAAAGAAGUAAGUUAGAAAUCACAUUUAUGGUACAUAUUCUACAUAUUUAUUUUAAAAUGAGAUUUUUUAUUGGAAGUGUUUUAUUUUUUUGGUAUACUGCACUGCUGCCCAUGUACUAAUAACAGCAAUGUCUCUGCCUACAUAUUUUUCCACAUCUGGUGCCUAGAAAACUGUUAUUGGCUGGGGGUCUAUUUAAGUUUUCUUUUUGUCUUCUGUGCCUAUCUUCAACUAAUAGAGUGGUGCCAAUGGCUCUCAAAACACAUGACAGAAGUGAACAACUUCUUUUAUAGACAAUUUAAGGGAUAAGUUUUUGUCCAAACCGAUGUCCAAAGUUUCCUCUAGAUGAUCAUUUAAUCCCAUCCAAUUUUUAGCCUUUGCGUGGCUGCCCAUGCCAUGCAGAGGCCUUAAAAGGUAUACUCCCACAAUGUAUUGAAUGAAUGAGAUGGUGGAAGGGACAUGGACUAGUGAGCCCUUCCUUCUUAACAACCUGCAAUCCACUCUGUACUUUGUAAGCCAACUUGAGGUUCCAUGUUAUAAACUUCUCCACUAGGGUGCCAUAAUAAGGGUGAGAAAAUACAAUUUACAUUAGAUCAAUGUUUCUCAAACAUUUGCCAGCUGCGCCCCUCUAGAAAAAAAGAAUUUCAUUAGUGCCCUCCUUAGCCAGCUAGGAGCUUUGGAGAGCACUGUAGGCUAUCAUAGUGUCUCCUUGAGGGAGGGCUUUAAGAAUGUUUGAGCGCCACAGUUUGAGAAACUGCACUAGAUAUUGCCAUCAAUUUGAUUCACCAUGAAAGAAGACUUCAUUGGCAGUGGGACUUAAAUGUUGCCAGACGUUUCUCAUCUCUUUGUUUACAUGUAGAAAGUCAUGUGAUGUUAUGCUGUAUUCAGACAAGCAGGCAAUCAUCUUUUAACAUGAAUAUUUUGUAUGGAGUGUGGUAGGAUUGUGAUUGGUAGCUUGUAGUUUAUAGAUUCUGAUAUUUGUGCUGAAAAUGUUAACCUGCAUUGUGGACCCAUGGGAGGACAAAUCAGGGGCAACUUAGUUUGUGUGAUCAUUUUGUGUAUUAUCUUAUUUUGUUAGAACUUAUUUUUUAAAAUUUUUUUUUUAAUGAUACCAGCAUUAGUAACAGCUAAUACAAAAAAUCUGCAAUAUUCAAAGUUAUUAAGAAUUUAAAGUCCAUUGGUUUCAUAAAAUUGUUUUAUAGUUAUAAGAGAUAUUUUUAUUAGUUAAUUCUGCUACCAAAUAUGUCCAUUUUUCAAUGUAUUAUAUGUAGCUAUCAAAUAUGUCAUCGUUUCAAUGUAUUAUAUGUAGCUAUCAAAUAUGUAAUCGUUUCAAUGUAUUAUAUGUAGCUAUCAAAUAUGUCAUCGUUUCAAUGUAUUUAAUAAAGCAAUCAAAUAUGUACUUGUUUCAGCUGUUCAAUGUAUCAUAUUAUUAUUAUAUAAAAACUUGUAGUAAGAAUUGCAUUUAAAGUUGCAACAUAAUAGUCACAAUUAGAAAACACAGUUUUUAAAAAAAACUUCUUAAUUUGCUGUGACUAAAUCUGUUCUUUGUUAUUGAGAAAAAGAGCCAUCUGUAUCUCCUGCUUUUAAAAAGAACCAUAACUGUGGGUUUUUUUCUAUGGCCUCCAAAAGGAUUCUGUUGUGCAGUCUGUCUGUCUGUCACAUUUAAAUCCAAUUUGGCAAUUAUCUAUAGAUUGCUCAAAAUCAGAUGCAUCUGUUACUAUUUGUCAUCUAAACAUGAAGUCACACACUCACUGCACCUUUAAAAAAUUUGUUUCUAACCUAGAGUAUAAGAUCCUCAUAAAUCUCUUGAAUGUAUAAAACCUACUUGGCCAAUAUAUCUUGUCUGAGUGGAAUGGCCAAUCUAAGGAAUAUGGCUAAUAUGUGACAAAACCAGUCUGAGACACACUGUCAAUCUAAGUGACAUAGCCAAUGUGUCACAAGUCACAGCCAAUCUAAGGACAUGGCCAUUAUGUCACAAAGACAGUAAGAGUCACAUGGUCAAUAUACGUGACAUGGCCAAUAUGUCACAUAGCCAACAUAAGUGACAUGAUAUUUAUGAAUGAUAUGUCCUGUGUCAUAUUUUUGCUAUAAUAUUCCUUACAUUGCUUUUUAUUUUUAUUUUGCUUGUACAUACUAUACAUUAUAUUUAUAUCUAGAGCCAACCUGGCAAUGCUGGCGAACUAAUGAAAAGAGUUCUCUUACUUUGUAUAUAAACAGCAUAGAUCCAGUCACCAGCUCCACCAGUUACAUUUGUAUGUUCACUCAAUGAGGAUAUUAUAAAUAAAACUAUUCUACAUCUA